AUGUCGCCUCCUCUUCGGGUGACAUCGAGGAGCUACUGUGCCUACGUGGUGCAGCGCAACGUGACGUGCACGCUGCAGGACGGAGCCGAGAGCUACGUCAAGGCCGAGUACCACAAGUGCAGCUGGGGACCCAAGUGCCCGGGGAAAGUGCUGUACCGCACCUUCUUCAGACCCAGAUACAAGAUUGGCUACAAGACAGUGACUGAGCUGGCCUGGAGGUGCUGCCCGGGCUUCAUGGGAGAAGGGUGCCAUGACAGCCCGACCGACCAACCUGGCCUCCUGCCCCAACAUCCCAGCCCUAAAAUGCCUCCUGGGCAAAAGAUGUUUCCAAUCCCCAGACUUCCUCCCCAUCCAAAAAGCCACCCUGACCUGUUUCCAGGACCAAAGAAGAAUCAGUAUGGCAGGAAGCUGCCCGGCCUCUACGGGGACCGCCUGGAUCGGCUGGAAGAGGAGGUGAGACGCCUUUCCCAGUCCUACGACAGCCUGCACACCAUGGUGAGUGGCCUGGGGGACCGCCUGCGGCUGGCCAUCCAGGAGGACACCACCAAGAUGAUCGGCUCCCUGAUGAACAGCCCCGGCACGCCUGACUCGACGGUGGGCUUUGGCAUCAUUCCCGAUGGCCUGGUGGAUGCGGCGGACAAAGCCGAGAUCGCCACGUACCCUCCCGUGGGGGAGAUCCUGACCAAAGUGACGGAGGUGAGCGACGUGCUGAAAACCAAGGCAGACUUGCUGCACGAGGUACGCGGCAUGGUCCUGGACCACGAUGGGCAGAUCAAGCAUCUUCUGGAGUCAGCCCGGCCCUCGCCCCUCACCUCCAUCGACCUGCUGGAGGAGUAUGUGGACACGCGGCUGAGUAACCUGCGUGGAGAGCUGCUCGACGGCUUUGAGAAGAAGCUGGGGAAGAUCCAGACCACAUGCGAUUUCCGGAUCCAGGAGGUGCGGCAGCAGUGCGAGGAGGAGAAAGCGGCCAACCUGCGGCUGCAGCAGACGCUGGAUGGGAAGGAGUUAGAGAUCAAGAAAGAGAUCUCCCAGCUGGAGACCCAGAUCCAAGGGCUGACGGUGGUGGAAAGCUGCUGCAGUAAUCUGGACUACCUCAGCGAUCGCAUGAACAUCCUCGAGAAAGGCCUCCACAGCAUCUCUGAGUCCCAGAAGAACUUGCACUCACGGCUGGAUGGAGAAAUCUCCACUGUCACCCUAGGGAACCUUUUUGAAGGGCGCUUUGAGGACCUGGAAGCCAGACUCAAUGCUACAGAGAGAGAAACGGGGAGCUGCUGCUCUGGUAUAGAGGACAACAUGAGAGGUACAGUGGUAGCAGAGGUGGAUGGCAUGAGGACUGCCUUUGAAGACAAAAUGCAGACCCUGGAGGACAGGUUCAUGACCGUCGUGGGGGAGCUGAACAAUGUCAGUUCUGCCAUGGGAACGGACGGAGCAGUGGUGCCCGUGCUGGAGGGGGAGCUUGCUAGCAUGAGGAAACGGACAGACGAGACACUGGAGGUGUUGCAGAAUCGCCUCAUCACGCUGGAAAGCACUUGUUCCCUGGGCUGCACCUCCGCCUCUAAAGAUGUGGAGACCUUCCGGACAGAGAUCGAAGACUGUCAGAACAAGAACCAGGACCUGCUCCUCCGCAUGGACAGCAAUUACGACCUCCUGCGCAAGCUGAACGCCACCAUCCUGGAGAUCCAGCGGCGAAUCGAGGAGGAAGCGUCAGGGGCUUUGCAAGGUGAGAUCACCUUGCUAAAGAUCAACCUCAACACCGUGAGCAAGUCUCUGACCGGGCUCAAGGACUCUGUCUCCCAGUACUCGGACACCAUGAUGCACGUCAACUCCUCUCUGGAUGAGCACGAGCGGAAGAUCGAGGACGAGGUCCACUCCAUCCAGGAGAAAAUCAACGACCAAGGCUCCCAGCUCUUCUUCAGCAACAGGCAUGUCCUGAACCUCAAGGGAGACUUGGAGCGACUCAAAGCCAGGAUCAUCAGCGACCUGAGCUCCUGCAAGAGCGUGGCCCACGACCUGCAGCGGGAGAUCGCUCACUUUGAUGACCGGGUGGCCCGAGUAGAAAGUGUCUGUGGCAGGCUGGGUGCCGUCAUGGGGAGCCUGGACGGCAUCAGGGACGAACUGGAGAAACACACGGGCAGUCUGUGGGACUACAUGGAUCACAUGAACGGGACCCUGGCUACCCACUCUCAGGAAAUAACGGGACUGAAGGACAACCUGCUCGACUGCCAAGCCAAGCUCUCCGAGCUGGCCGAGCAGGUCGGCCACUUGGAAGAGCAGGCGGAGGGGAAGCAGCAUUAG